GAAAAUAAAGGAUACAUAUCUAAACAUCAAAGUGGUUUCAGAAGAGGGAGGAAUACAAUGGAUAAAGAAAGGAGGGGACCAUGCUUGUAAUAACAUUCAAAGGAGAGCAGGAGGAAUGAGAAGCACAGUUUGGAGGAGGUGGUUAUGUCUAGAAUAAGGUUUGGACAUACUGGUUUGAACACAAAACUAUUCAUGACAGGGAAACAUGAUGCAGGGAAACGUGAUUACUGCAGAGAAGGGUGAACUAUAGAACAUGUUAGAUUACACUGUCAGAAAUAUCAGGUGGAGAGAAGGUAACUGAUCCAAAACCUCAGUAACAUAAAAAUGAAACUGGAUCUUAUUGAUUUACUGCAAAAGGACUCAAGAUGUGAGUCUUAUCAGGCCCUAUUCCAGUUUUUAAAACAGAGUAAACAUUUGGGGAGGGCUUGAGGAUCGACACUCCAUACCAGUUGGUGGCGGUAACGCACCAUUUUAUUGUUUGCAAACCGCCAAUGAAACUUAAGAAGACGAAGAAGAAGGGGUGUACGUGCUGUGUCUUGCUGCAGUUUUAAAAAUGGGCACUUUUUGAAGAACCCGUAUCAAAGUAUUGUGGAGAAGCGUCGUGUUAAAUCUAAUUGAUGAACGGCUUGUUGUGAGUUCUGACGAGGACAGCUGAGUGAUGUUGUUGGUGAGCUUGGAUUAAAUCAUCUCUAAACAAAGAACUUGUCCUCGUGGUGACUGACUUGGGGAGUGGAGGUCAGUGAGCCCAUUGUCUCUGCUGGUCCGACUCCAACUACAAAGCCGGCCCGCUCGCCCCCUCCUGAGUCUGAGAGGAGAUCCAGAGAGAAAGAAGUGAAAGCAGGCCGAAACCUCAGCACAUGGAUGAUAUCAGCCAAAAACAUCCAGCACCAGCAAGUAAAGAUGAGCCAGCGGCGAUCCCUGUGGAAAAGACUUUUCCUGCUAUGAAGCAGCCCAGAAGACGCAAGCGCGCCAACAGGGAGGACAGAAGCUUGAGCUGUGAUCAGUGUGGGAAGUCUUUUACUCAGAUUGGUAGCUUGAAAUCACAUCAGCUUAUCCACACAGGUGUGAAACCAUUCAGCUGUGAUCAGUGUGGAAAGACCUUUACUCAUAGCUGGAGCUUAAAAACACAUCAGGUCGUCCACACGAAAUUUAAAGCUUUCAACUGUGAUCAGUGUGGAAAGUCUUUUACUCAGAAAGGUCACUUAAAGAGACAUCAUAUGAUCCAUGAUGGAGGUAAAUCAUUUGUCUGUGAUCAGUGUGGAAAGUCUUUUCAGGAUAGAUAUCACUUAGAGAAACAUCAGGGCGUCCACAGUGAAGUUAAACCUUUUACCUGUGAUCAGUGUGGAAAUUCUUUUAUCGGGAUUGAUAGGUUAAAAAGACAUCAGCUCAUCCACAGUGGAGAGAAACCAUUCAGCUGUGAUCAGUGUGGAAAGGCUUUUCGUUCUAAGUGCAACUUAAAAUCACAUCAGCUCAUCCACAGUGGAGAGAAAUCUUUCAGCUGCGAUCAGUGUGGAAAGUCUUUUGCUUACGUUAGUCACUUAAAAAGACAUCAGCUCAUCCACAGUGGUGCUAAACAAUUUGUAUGUGGUGACUGUGGAAAGGCUUUUACUCAAAAGACUGGCUUAAACUCACAUCAGCUCAUCCACUCUGGUGUUAAAUCAUUUGUAUGUGGUGACUGUGGAAAGGCUUUUAUUGAGAUUGAAAGCUUAAAAUCACAUCAGCUCACCCACUCUGGAGUUAAAACAUUUGUGUGUGGUCAGUGUGGAAAGUCUUUCUUCCAUAACAAACGUCUAUUGAGGCAUCAAAAAACCCACAAAGUGUCCUCCUGUGAGAAAAGGGGCAGACCAAUGGGACAUUACCCUGACAGGGUUCAUUUGAAAGUUCUUCUGGAUGCUGCGUCAAACUUAAAAAGCUUGAGAUCAGGCUUCACAGAAUUCAGCUUUAAUUUCCUGAGAAAGUCAGAGCUUCACUAUGUCUUUGUAGAUCUAGUGAAACCAUGA